AUGGGCGCCGAACCGGAUGAGGACGCUAUUUCAAACUUCGUCAGCUUUACCAGUACCAGUCGCGAACAAGCAAUCAGCUUCUUGAAGGCCAACAACCUCGAUUCCCAGAAGGCCAUAAAUGCCUACUUCGAGGAUCCCACUGGUUCUGCAUUCCAGACAACCGAUUACAGCAAUGAAGGCAGCCUGAAGCCGUUAGGUUACGAUCCACAAGAUGAUAUAUCCCGAAUACCUACUACCGCUCCCCCUCUCGCCCUCCAUCACGAAUCAACAUGCACGACAACACACAAUCAAGCACGGAGCCUUCUUCUACAACGGCCACACCAGGGAACACCGGUAGGCCUUCAUUAUGCAUGGGUUAUCAUAGACAAUACUAAUCUAGUACCGCUUGACGCUAUAGGUGCUGCCAAUAACGGCCCCGGACUGAGUCUUGCCGAGCGUGAAGAACAAGAGCUGCAACAAGCGGUCGCAAUGUCGCUCAAUCAAGGGAUCGGAAAACAAGAAACCGGAGUGACCACGACGGAGGUGCCAAGUCAAGCCCAGUUUGGCAAAGCAACGCGCGACUACUACGACGAAGGGGCUUGGGCCAUGACGUUGUUCAACGAGACAGCACAGGAAGUCAUCUUCAGCCCAGAUCCAGAGGACCGGAAGAAGGUCGGCGACGAGCCUUCCUUCAUUCGCCCAACGACGGACAAUCUCUACCUGGGCGGUUUCUUGACCAUCCUUCAUGAGAUCCCGCUUGCGCGGGAAGCUUUGCUGUUACGCAAUAAACUCCUCUUCGACUACGGGCAUGAUCCACAGUGGUGGAAUGGACAGACAAUAAAUCUUCCUAAAAUCGUGACGGUGAAUGAUUGCACCGAAGACAAUGACUGGGAAGAUAUUAUCCAUGAAUCACAACGUCUAAUGGCAUUUCUGGAUUCCACGCAGCGGGCCUUCGGGAGUGGCGAUGCGCUCACUGGCCUGCGUCAACUGCACUCUUACUCUUCUGACUCAGAAGAGAUCGUGUCUCGCUUCCUUGAGGCAUGGCACGCUUCUGCAAUCCGUGCAGACCCCGACAACCCUCUUGCGACUAUCUUCAUGUCUCACGCUUACAAGAAAUCCCCGUUUGAAUAUGCGGAUGAAGUCGACGAGCCCGUCUCCAAAGAAUUGUUCGUUUUUGAACCAAUUGUUGAACAAUCCCAUGGGCAAUCUUUGUACGAUGUCCUCGACACUGCAAUCUGGAGUGAUCGGCCUGGGGACCCUCUCGAUGACGUGUGGCUUGAGCAUGUUGGAGAAGUCCUCGUGAUGAAACUGGAUUCAUUUGAAAAUGCGAAGUCGGUGGAUGUAAAGAUCCCGGCCGUCUUUUAUCCAGACCGUUAUCUCAUUAGCUGUCAAGAUGUCGCGCGAGACAUGCGAACGAAGAAACUCAGAGUCCAAGAGUCUCUUAUGGAACUGGAAAAUCUUAUCGACCACUACACUUACACCCCCGGGGAAGACAGAAGCCUCACUCGCGCGGAACGUCUAGAGAUCGCUGCUGACGAGGUUCCAAUUGCUCUAAAAUCAGCCCUCGCGGGAAAAUCGCUUGAAAUGAGUGCCGAGGAAGCAAAGGUCAAGCUGGAACGAGUGCCCUAUAAUCUACGAAAAGUUGCUGCUCAGAUUGAUGCGAAGCUGAAAGAGCUCGAUCAAUUGAAGCAGAAAGAGUUAGAGACCAUGCGUAGCUAUUCCAAGAUGCUCACUGAUCCAGCCGAGUCCCCACAGGACCUUCCUCUCCACAGGUACACUCUGCGUGGUGUUUGUACCGAGCCCCAUGUCACAUAUGUCCUGAAGCAUCGCCGAGAUGCAGGCGACCUGAUGGAAGUCGACGAAAGUGGCCCCGAAUACCAAUGGUGGCGCAUCAGCUUCUCCACCGAAGACGGCAAGACCCGUCUGGCCGAAAAAAGAAUGGCUGAAGGCAACCAGUCAGCCACUCAGAAUGGCGAUGUUGUAGGCUAUACUGCUCGCAAGGUACGCGAGAUAGAAGUGCUGAAGGCAGCCCGCGAAGAAUGGCGUUCGGUCCUUCUGGUGUAUGCCAGUGAUGCGGCUAUGGGGUACCAAGGCGAUCUCGCACCACCCCAACUGCAGAAAUUCGUGGUUAAGGACAACGAAGCUUUUGCAGACGAAUGUCAGUCAUCUACGACAGAAAUAGCCCCGCCAUCGGAGUCGUCUGGCACAGUUUUCAACACACAGGAGAGUGAGCGAGCCACUCCCACUCAAAAUGACAAGGAUGUCAAUGUCUUUGACUACGAGGUCUCUGGAUUUGAUGGCGAGAACCGUACACAGCAGGAAAUGGCUGAGAGAAGAGGCUCAGCGUUCCUUAGUGGGACGAGCUAUCCGACCCAGAAAGAGCCAGACCCGGAGUCCUCACGGCCGAGCGACGACUGGAAUGCCACUUACGUCGAGCACUCAAAAGGCUAA